AUGAAGGCUUCCACCGCAUUAGCACCUCUCCUUGGCCUCUUGCCCAAAGCCACCUACGGGUCAAAUACCACUACCACCUGCUGCUCAGCACUGCAAGCUACCUCCCUUCGUGAUCUGGUUAUCUUCCCCUCCAGUAUAGCAUAUAACGAGUCGGUCACGUCUUACUUUGCUGUAAAUGCUCAACUACGUCCCUCGUGCAUUGUUCAGCCACAUUCCGCUGAAGAAGUCUCGCUUGCUGUCUCUACUUUGGUCAAGGCUGGCGCUUCUCAAUGCAAGUUUGCGGUACGUAGUGGUGGUCAUACCACGUGGGCCGGUGCGGCAGACAUCGAACAGGGAAUCACGAUUGAUCUCUCGAUGAUGAACAGCACCACGUACCAUGCAGACAAGGGCAUGGCUUCUAUCCUGCCUGGCGCCCGCUGGCAAUCAGUCUACAAGGCUCUCGAUGCCUAUGGAGUGACUGUGCCUGGCGGACGUGGUGGGCCAGUUGGUGUAGGUGGAUUCUUGAUCGGCGGUGGAAAUACCUUCUAUACGGCGCGAGUGGGCUUUGCGUGCGAUAACAUCGAGAACUUCGAGGUGGUCCUCGCAAGCGGCGCGAUCGUCAAUGCCAACCGGACCAGCAACCCCGACCUGUACAAGGCCCUGAAGGGUGGUUCAAUCAACUUUGGCAUCGUCACCAAGUACGACCUCAAGACCAUAUCUCAUGAUGGGCUCUGGGGAGGCUUGGUUGUCUACGACAACUCCACCACCGAACAGCAGAUCUCAGCCGCAGUAAACUUUGUCGACAACAUACACAAUGACCCUUACGCAUCUUGGAUCGGCAUGUGGGAAUACAACUCAACGACCGGGCAGAACAUCAUCGCCGAUGCUCUGGAAUACACCAAGCCAGUAGCUUAUCCUGCUCCUUUCAGCGAGUUCGUUGGUAUCGAAAACACCACCGACACGAUGCGGUUCGCCACCAUCUAUAACCUGACCCAGGAAUUGGUCCAGGCAACGGGAUAUCGCGACAUCUUCACCACCGGCACCUACCGAAAUGACGCCAAAGUCCUCCGCAAAGCGAUUGAGCUGCACAACAACAACAUCGAAAAGGCUAAAGCCGCAGCCAAGAGUGUUUCCUGGGCCAUGGAUACCAUCAUCCAACCCUGGCCCAAGCUAUUCUGGGAGCAUACAGUAGUCAAUGGCGGCAAUGUGCUUGGCCUUGACCGCUUUGAUGAAAACCUCGUUCAGGUGCUCUACGAUUACUCCUGGGACGACGAACAAGAUGACGCUCUCUUCACCCACCUUGGACGGACCGCCUUGAACGAGCUUGACGAAUACGCCAAGUCGAUCGGGUCGGACAACGAGUACAUCUACCUCAACUACGCGGACAAAUCCCAGAGCCCGCUCAAGGGUUACGGAGAGGAGAACGUCCAGUUUAUUUCCCGCGUGGCCAAGCAGUAUGAUCCCCACGGCAUCUUCCAGACCCAGGUGCCGGGUGGAUUCAAGAUCAGCGAGGUAGUAUGA